AUGUUUUUUUGUUUUUUUUUAAUGGUUUGCCUUUUCUCUCCUCGUGGUGUACAGUCCUCACUUUCAGAAUCAGAAGAAUUAUAUUCUCUCUCUUAUUAUUUUAUUUCUAUCUAUCUAUCUAUCUAUCUAUCUAUCUAUAGAGAGAUAUUUGCCGGCAAUAAACUUGCCAAAUACCGAGUGAGUUUGCGCUCCAUAAUGUUUCGCCCUAGGGCGGCUGUCACUCCGUGCUCACCCCCAUGUUCCACCACUGACACUCUCCGGUUUGACAACAACCAGUUCAUCAAGGUAGUCUCUUUCUCUAUCUCUCCCCACCCUCUCCCUCUCCUUCUUCCUCUCUCUCUCUCUUUCUCUCUCUGUUAUAUCUAUCUAUCUAUCUAUCUAUCUAUCUAUCUAUCUAUCUAUCUAUCUAUCUAUCUAUCUAUCUAUCUUCAUGCCAUUAUAGAUCUCUCUCUCUCUCUUUUCCCAUCUAUCUAUCUAUCUAUCUAUCUAUCUAUCUAUCUAUCUAUCUAUCUAUCUAUCUAUCUAUCUCAUUUCACGAUAUGA